CCGGCGCUGUGCCUGCCGCCGUCGCUAUGGAGUAGCUGGAGCGGCGCUGGGGCCGGAGCGAGAGACGGAGCCGGCGUGACAGGCGGUCCCGCCGGGCCGACAGGGCGACGCGUAGCCGGGCGCUGCGCCGGCAGCUUCUCGUGGGCUCAGGAUAAUACAUUGGUGCACAGUUGAGACAAUGGAGUCCAUGCUGAAUAAAUUGAAGAGUACCGUUACAAAGGUAACGGCUGAUGUCACCAGUGCAGUCAUGGGAAAUCCUGUUACCAGGGAAUUUGAUGUUGGCCGACAUAUUGCCAGUGGUGGUAAUGGUCUUGCUUGGAAGAUAUUCAAUGGAACUAAGAAAUCAACAAAACAGGAAGUGGCUGUUUUUGUCUUUGAUAAGAAACUAAUAGACAAGUAUCAAAAAUUUGAAAAGGAUCAGAUAAUAGAUUCUUUAAAACGAGGUGUUCAACAGCUAACCAGGCUUCGACACCCUCGUCUACUUACUGUUCAACAUCCAUUGGAAGAAUCCAGGGAUUGCUUGGCAUUUUGUACAGAACCAGUCUGUGCAAGUUUAGCUAAUGUUCUUGGCAGCUGGGACAACCUACCUUCUCCUUUACCAUCUGACAUUAAAGAAUACAAACUUUAUGAUGUGGAGACCAAAUAUGGUUUGCUUCAGGUUUCUGAAGGCUUGUCAUUUUUGCAUAGCAGUGUGAAAAUGGUCCAUGGAAAUAUUACUCCUGAAAAUAUAAUUCUGAAUAAGAGUGGAGCUUGGAAAAUUAUGGGCUUUGAUUUUUGUAUCCAGUCAACAAAUCCAUCUGAACAGGAGCCAAGGUUCCCUUGUAAGGAAUGGGAUCCAAACUUGCCAUCCUUGUGUCUUCCAAAUCCUGAAUAUCUGGCACCAGAAUAUAUUCUCUCCGUGAGCUGUGAGACAGCCAGUGAUAUGUACUCUCUAGGAGCUGUUAUGUAUGCAGUGUUUAAUAAAGGGAAACCAAUUUUUGAGGUCAACAAGCAGGAUAUUUAUAAAAGCUUUAGUAGACAGCUGGAUCAGCUGAGCCGUUUAAGCUCCAGUACUCUUCAGAAUAUACCAGAAGAGGUGCGUGAACAUGUAAAGCUACUCCUAAAUGUAGCUCCAGCAGUCAGACCAGACGCAGAUCAAAUGACUAAGAUACCAUUCUUCGAUGAUGUAGGAGCAAUGACACUUCAGUAUUUUGAUUCAUUAUUUCAAAGGGAUAACCUUCAGAAAUCACAGUUUUUUAAAGGGCUACCAAAGGUUCUGCCAAAGCUACCUAAGCGUGUUAUAAUUCAGCGAAUUUUGCCUUGCUUGACUUCUGAAUUUGUGAAUCCUGAUAUGGUACCCUUUGUAUUGCCUAACGUUCUCCUAAUUGCUGAAGAAUGCACCAAAGAAGAAUAUAUCAGGCUCAUUCUGCCUGAUCUUGGUCCUGUUUUUAAGCAGCAAGAACCAAUCCAGAUCUUGUUGAUCUUCCUGCAAAAAAUGGACUUGCUUCUAACCAAAACUCCACCAGAUGAAAUAAAGAACAGUGUUUUACCAAUGGUUUAUAGAGCCUUGGAAGCACCUUCAAUUCAGAUCCAGGAGCUUUGCCUAAACAUAAUUCCCACGUUUGCCAAUUUAAUAGAUUACCCAUCAAUGAAAAACUCAUUAAUUCCAAGAAUUAAAAAUGCAUGUUUGCAAACUUCUUCUCUUGCUGUCCGAGUAAACUCACUAGUGUGUUUAGGCAAGAUUUUGGAGUACUUGGAUAAAUGGUUUGUGCUUGAUGAUAUUUUACCUUUUCUACAACAAAUUCCAUCCAAGGAACCUGCAGUGCUAAUGGGAAUUUUAGGUAUUUACAAAUGUACAUUUACUCAUAAGAAGUUGGGAAUUACCAAAGAACAACUUGCAGGAAAAGUAUUACCCCAUCUGAUUCCUCUUAGUAUUGAGAACAAUCUUAAUCUCAAUCAGUUCAAUUCUUUUAUUUGUGUGAUAAAAGAUAUGCUUAAUAGAUUGGAGGCAGAGCAUAAAACAAAACUUGAGCAACUUCAUGUCAUGCAAGAGCAACAGAAAUCUUUGGAUAUAGCUAACCAAAUGAGUGUGUCUGAGGAGGCAAGAUCUAGUAGUACAGGUAAUCAGAUUGACAAGGUAUUUAAUACUAGUGGAACUGAUCUUCUAACUAGUGGAUCUGAUAGUAAAGAGAAUGAGAUGUCAUCAAAACAGAAAAAGGCAUCACUUACACUUGAAGAGAAGCAAAAGUUAGCUAAAGAGCAAGAGCAGGUGCAAAAACUGAAAAGUCAGCAACCUCUUAAGCCACAAGCAACUGCAAUAACACCUCCCGUGAAGCAGACAAGAGACUUGACAGAUACCUUGAUAGAUAACAUGUCAUCUUUGACUAGCCAUUCUAUCAACAAAGCUAAAGUUGCAUCUUCAAACAGCUUCUCUUCUGUCCCUUCUAUGGGUGUUGGCAUGGGAUUUUCAUCAGCUGUUGACAACACAAAGAGAAAUAUAACAAACGGACUAAAUACUAAUAUGGGUUUUCAGACUGCUGGAUUCAGUAUGGGAGCCGGUCCCCCCACUCAGAAUUUCUUCAGUGGUCCAAGUGCAGCAGGAACAACCAAGAUGAACAUUGUACCAACUGCCAAUAUGCCAAAUUACAGUCCUAUGAAUGCUGCGUCUGCAAUCUGUCCACUGACACAACAAAACAGACCCCCAGAUAUGUCUCCUUUAGAUAACCUUUUUGGUCCUCAGAAACCCAAAGUUAGCAUGAAACAGUUGGCUCAACAGAAAUCAAGCCAGUGGGUUAAUCAGUUUGUACCCCCACAAGGGUCCCCAAAUGCAAGCAGUUCAGCCUUGGGGCCUCAGAUGAACGUGAUAGGACAGCCUGGCUUUGGUAUACAGGGUAAUCCUUUCUUUGCUCCUCAGAACUUUGCACAGCCAGCAAACACAAUGGCAAACAGCAGCUCAGCUAGUAAUGACUUAAAAGAUCUUUUUGGGUAAAAUGUUUUGUUUUGUUUUCUUCUUUCAAAGAUUGAUGAAAUUUGGAUCAUGGGUAAGCUGAUUAACAUCUUUUUUUGAUUAGUAAAAGCAUGACUUGGGGAAACUUUCAACCCAGCACAGUGAAGACUUUUGCACUGGAAAAAAGACUGAUAUUGAUUGCAUUCACCUGGUACUGCAGUGGAAUUGCAUUAAGUGCAAAGUCAUCUUACGUGCUAAAGAUUUCCUGUCUCUUUACCGAACAUCAGAGCGCUGAAGGUAGGAUGCAUAUAUUCAGAUGAAAAGGAACAAGUUAAGUAUUUCAGAAUUAUUCAGAAGUGUGAUCAAUCAACUCCUAUGAAAUUUCCUACAAAAUUUUGUUUAAGUUCAUUAAAAAUCCUUAGGGGGUAAUGCUAGUGAAUGCAACCCUGCAGCCCAGUCCUUUCAGUAUCUGCUAAAUUCUUAUUGGUGAUUUGUGUUGCCUGAAUUUGGUGCAAACUGUCAUUUUCCCCUCAAAAAUUUUGAUAGCCAUGUUACAUAGAAAGAUCUCUAACUGGUAACUGUGUAAGGGGCUAAGAAAAGAAAAUAAUUUUACUUUCUUCUUUUAUAAGAUAGUUAGCAUCAAUGUGACAGUGAACUACAGCAAGAUUCAGGAGGCAUAAGAAAUUGUUUUAAAAUUUUCUGCAAGUUUUGGACAGAGUGAGAACACUGCUCAAAUGGUCAUGCUCGUUUUACAACCUCUUUCAUAAUGCCAGAUCCCUGUUACCAGCCCCAUAGCAAAAGCAACAUACCACUUUAAGAUUUUAAAAUACAUGUGGUGACUUGAUCGCAUUUAUUAUAUAUUUCAGUGUUUUGGCUAAUUUGAUACUGCUUCUAACAGUAUCUAUCUAACAGGUGUGGAAAAAAGAUUGUGAGUAGUUACGGAACCUCCUAAAAAGAAUGUUUUCUGUAAAAUUCACAUUGACUGCCCCAGCUGUGUAACCAAACAAUUCUGUGUAACUAAUCACACACUGUUUAGUUACACAGAAAUAUCUUUAAUUACUUUAUAGUUUUUGGCUCCAUUGAGAAGAUAGAAAAGGAUUUCCUCAUACGAGUUGCACAUAGUUGUGUGAAAAAGCAAACUGCCGUAAAUUGCCUUGACUGGAAUAAACUGUUUCAUUUGAAUUUUGUUUUAACUCGGGUCCUCGUGAAGGAUAAAUUAGUAUGAAGUGAGUUCUUAAAUGUGGAUUUGUAAGCUCUAGAAUAUAUGGUAAAUACACAGGUAUUUCAGGUCCUUUUUAUUGUAUUACUUCAAAUUUAAUAAAGCUCUCCAGAAAUCCAAACAGUAGUUUCUUCUACUUCCCGGAAGGUGUAUGUUCAGCUUGCCCAUGAUAGAAUCUCUACUCUGUUGGAUACUACUGUUGGUUUUAACUUUUUCUUUCCUAGGAAUUUCAGGAGCUUUCUUACAUAAUAUUUUGAAGACUAUAGCUGGCUAUUUUGAAAAGGAAAGAACUAGUCACCUUUUUUAUGGAAAGCCUACAUGCUUUAUUUUUCAAAGCCUUUCACUGAAGAAAUUGUUCUUUCAUUUGCUGCUUAAGAAACCAAAGGGCCUUAUGCUGUAAAUGUGACUUGUAUUUUGUUAUAUUUCCACAGUUCUAAGCGGUAAUAGCAUUAAGCAUAUUUCUUGAAUAACUGUUUAUGUAUUAUAGCUGCUGCCUUAGUCCUACCAUUUUAAAAUACCUGGGACCAGUGAAGUUGUGGUUUAGAAAACAAUACCUAACACAUUGUGAUGCUUAUGUACUAUUAAUAUUCAUGGUAAGCAUUGUAGGUUAUGUUUAAGGUAUCUGUGUACACAUAAGUACAGUACUAGAACUGUUAAACUUAGGAAGUUAAUAUACAGUUACUAGUACUCUAUACACUCAAUCACACUUAUGUCUUAUGUGAACUUUUGAAAGCUGCGUUUCGUUAGGGUAACUUAAGGCAAGCCUUUGAAGAAUUACUUGAAUCUGUAUUCCUCUAAAUUAUUUGGAAAAUAAGUUUAUAUUAAAAAAUAACAUAUUUUAGGACUCUACAAUGUAUUAAAUUAAUAUAUUCAUGGUGAAGGCAGUCUUAAAUGUCAGUGUCCUGAUCUGGGGUUUCAGUCAUUGAUCCCCCUGGACUGGGGGCUUUUCAGAACUGGAUUUUAAUUUAACCUACUGGAGGGAGAAUUAAGUGAAAUAAAUUGAUCUGAUUUUAUAUACUAGACCUCCUAAACUGUGGGGUUUGGGGUAUGUGCUUUUGGCAUGGGCUAUCUGAUAAUACAAUGCAUUUAGUAAGAACAAAGUGAAAAAAAUCCUACUAGUUCAAAUCAAGAGAGGCUCUUCUAUGCAGUGGUAAUGUUAUGGAAUAAGAUCUUUAUCUGGCUCAAGUAAUAUGAUUUUUUUCCUAUUUAUAUUUCAGAAUAUCAUUUUGGUUUCAUUUGCUGCAAUUGUUGUUCCUCUAUUCUGGUCAUUCUAAAAAAGAAAACUGAAAAGGGUGCUUACAAAAGUUAUAACAAAAUUUUCCAGUUAUUGAAAAAUAGAAAAGCAAAAAUAAGUUAAAAUGAGAGGGUUGAAUCCCUCUUCCUUGUCAAUGCUUCCUACUUCAUGUGUCAGGAAACAGGGUGUUUGUGAAGUUCUCUAAUACUUCCUUCUUAACUUAAAGGAAGGAGGAGUUGCAAGAGGUAAGUCACCAAGGCCAUUUGUCACUUGGCUCCUGCUACAGUAGUUUUUCUUUAGGAAGCUUGUCCAGUUGAUCUCUCCACUUACAAGUCGUCAUUCUGAGGCCCUGCAAGAGGCUGGAAGACUCAGGUUGUGGCCAGAGGGAAUACCAUUGUUUGAGAGCAACAGUUGUACUUUGCAUCCAAGUUGUUGUUUGGGAAAGAGUAAAAGGAAGGGACAUUGUUACAAGAGUGAGCAUUCCAGCUGUCUUCUGUUUCUGGUCUUGGAUGGAAAGCUGUGUUAGCAUCUAGCUUGGCCUGAAGCAGAGGGACUGUCUAGCCCUAAUGCAAAACAAAAUGGAAAACACAGGUUUGAAAUUGGUAUCUGAUUAAGAAAUUGCAAUUUCUGUUACUGAAAAAGUAACCUGAUAUAAGUUCUUUUUACAAUACCUUGAACAAUACUGUAAAUUACACACGAUUUCUGCCCUUUGUAUUCAACCUAAUUUAAAGAUAGAAAAGAGGAAGCCUGGCAGAUUAUAUCAUCACCUUACAGUUUCCACUCUGUGCAACCACUGUAAGCAGCUCUUUGUUCCGCUGUGGAAGUUAGAACAGGGUCUGGGCUGAACUGCCCAGCCCACCUGGUUUACUUAUAUUCAUUACUAAAGGAGAGGAAAAGGUAAGGGAGUAAGUCCCUAUUUUUUAAUUGAUUUUUAUUUAUUGUAUUUACUACAAAAAGGAGGAAAGAAGUGGAAAUAGCUGCACAUCUCAAGUAUAAGCAUCAGUUAUGCUUUUACUGCUCUGGUGUAUGCUAAAGGAACGUGACUGCACCCAAGACAGCAGCAUUUUCCAUAUUAGAACUGUUGAUUCCAUUUGGUUUGAGAGAAAUAGUGAAUGAAAUGGCACUAGUGGCAUUUCAAGGGUGGAGGAGGGAGCAGAUUUGCUGUUCCUUUUCAUCACACAAGUGUUGCGAAUAAGGCACAGAACAGCCUGUGGAACCUGCUUGUGCAGGACAGGAGUACCAGAGUGAGUCUGUUGAAAGGUAAAGGAUUCCACCAGUUAUCUGGGAACUAGGAAGAGAAAUUUUAUGAGGAAUAUGGGUGGAAUACCCUAGUUUGUUUUAAUGAAGAUACUGUGUCUUCUUCUCUCCAUGAUGAUGUGAAUUAGAAAUGUGGGAAAGUUGGGGCCUUACAGGUCUGUACAGAUGCUGAAUACCCCAAGUAAAAGGCUGAAUUUUUUGAUGUAUAGGUGCACAACAUUUCAAGCCUUAUUAUUUAAAACAUUCCUCUUCUGUUGAGUUUUGUCUUUUUAUCAACAGCUGUUUCACAUUUAUAUGAAACAAAUACCCCAAUGGCCUUUUAAAGUAAGAAAAAUGUGUGUUAAUUUUUGUAUUAUAACCCCUGUUACAAUGUUAUGUAUAUCUCUAGAUGGGUAAGUGAGUGUGUGUAUAGAUCAUAGGAUUUUAGAUUUUUCAGUUCAAUUGCACCAAAAGAGCAAAGAUUAAGUGAGAAGGUAGAAUUGAAUCAAAUUCCACAAGGCUUCCAUACAGGCUAAGAAUUAUAUGAUGCUUUUGUUGUCUAUUACAAAUUUACAUGCUUAGUCUGCUUCUGUCAUCUACAUGACAUGAGCAGAAAAGGAAAGUUUUUAAACCAUAAGUUUAUGAACACUGGAUCUCUCAUUGCAGGUGAAGUUUUUGGACUUUAGAGUGAGCUUUGUUUAUUGAUUAGGAGUUUUUUAUUGUGGGUGGGUGGGAUAUCACUGAUUUGUGCCAUUUCCAAUGAAAGAAAUAUAGGAAGGGGGAGUACAGAAAUAAUACCCUGUUGUAUAUGUGAUGCUUUUUGGUCUUUGUUAAGAGAUAUGCUGCAUUUUAUAUACUCAUUGUGAACUUUUACUCUGAAAUAGCUGCGAGGAAACCUAUCUGGAGAAUUUCAGUUGAGUUAGCUGAUUUUCAAGUGAGGUCCUGCCUUGUACCUUACUUUCCAUUAGGUUUUUUACCGCUUCACAAGGAAAUUACACAAGGCAGUAAAACCUUGGAUUCAUACACCAGAUCCUCUUGCCUUCCAGGCCUCACACUUCUAUCAACAGAAUAAUUAAACCCCUGAAGUUGUAUUGUCUUUAAGUUCUCUGAAACAAUCCUAACUGCUGUACAGAUUUCUGAGAUGAAGUUGUAAAUCAAAAUGUGUUAUAGUGAACUCAGGCCUUGUGCAAAGUAUUUAAUACUUGUCUAUUUGUCUAAUCGUACAGUCUCUGUACUAGUGGCAGUUUUAUGUUUUAUUGUAAAACAUUCAGAUUCUCAUGAGAUUAUAGAGUGAUGUUACUGUAGUGUCAGCUGUGAUUCAUAAAUAGAACUGUCAUAGCAUGGCAUUAGUGUGUAUCAGAUUUAUUGGACAGCUCUUCAAAAACGAAUUUAUUCUUGUAUCAACUUUUAGAUCAGUUAUUUCAAAAACAUGUAAAAGGUACAGUAACAGUUUUGAGAAAUUCAUAUCACUUUGUACUCUGAAUGAGGUUGCCUAUGGAAAUAAAUGAACUUUUCAUAUUUUCA